CAGCAACCGCAGCUGCCGCCUAGACUGCAGGAGCCCAGCACCACCGGGGCAGCCCGGAGUUUGGGAGCAGAGAUGAGCAGCGACCCGGACCACGAGUACCCGGUGGACGGAGACGUGGGUCAACAAGAGAUGGUCCUCAGUAGGAAGAGUGCUGUUCUCGUGGAUGGGGUCAUACUGAACGGUCCCACAACAGAUGCAAAAGCGGGAGAAAAAUUUGUUGAAGAGGCCUGUAGGCUAAUAAUGGAAGAAGUGGUUUUGAAGGCUACGGAUAUCAAUGAGAAGGUUUGUGAAUGGCGGCCUCCUGAACAACUGAAACAGCUUCUUGAUUUGGAGAUGAGAGACACAGGAGAGCCACACCACAGGCUGCUGGAACUCUGCCAGGAUGUCAUACGUUACAGUGUCAAAACUAACCAUCCAAGAUUUUUCAACCAGUUGUAUGCUGGACUUGAUUAUUACUCCUUGGUGGCCCGAUUUAUGACAGAAGCAUUAAAUCCAAGUGUUUAUACGUAUGAGGUGUCCCCAGUGUUUCUGUUAGUGGAAGAAGCGGUUCUGAAGAAAAUGAUUGAAUUUAUUGGCUGGAAAGAAGGGGAUGGAAUAUUUAAUCCAGGUGGUUCAGUGUCCAAUAUGUAUGCCAUGAAUUUAGCUAGAUACAAAUACUGUCCUGAUAUUAAGGAAAAGGGGCUGUCUGGGUUGCCAAGAUUAAUCCUUUUCACAUCUGCAGAGUGUCAUUACUCCAUGAAGAAGGCAGCCUCUUUUCUUGGGAUUGGUACUGCGAAUGUGUGCUUUGUGGAAACAGAUGGAAGGGGUAAAAUGAUACCUGAGGAACUGGAGAAGCAAGUCUGGCAAGCCAGAACAGAGGGAGCAGCACCGUUUCUUGUCUGUGCCACCUCUGGUACAACUGUGUUGGGAGCAUUUGAUCCUCUGGAGGAAAUAGCUGACGUCUGUGAAAGGCAUGGCCUGUGGCUUCAUGUGGAUGCUUCUUGGGGCGGCUCAGCUUUGAUGUCAAGGAAGCAUCGCAGGCUUCUGCACGGCAUCCACAGAGCUGACUCUGUGGCCUGGAACCCCCACAAGAUGCUAAUGGCUGGAAUUCAGUGCUGUGCUCUCCUUGUAAAAGACAAAUCUGAUCUUCUUAAGAAAUGCUACUCUGCCAAGGCAUCUUACCUCUUUCAGCAGGAUAAAUUCUAUGAUGUCAGCUAUGACACAGGAGACAAGUCUAUCCAAUGUAGCAGGAGAGCUGAUGCAUUCAAGUUCUGGAUGACUUGGAAGGCCCUGGGCACAUUAGGCCUUGAAGAAAGAGUUAAUCGUGCUCUUGCUUUAUCUAGGUACCUGGUAGAAGAAAUCAAGAAAAGAGAAGGAUUCAAGUUACUGAUGGAACCUGAAUAUGCCAAUAUUUGCUUUUGGUACGUUCCACCAAGCCUCAGAGAGAUGAAAGAAGGACCUGAGUUCUGGGAAAAACUUAAUUUGGUGGCCCCCGCCAUUAAGGAGAGGAUGAUGAAGAAGGGAAGCCUGAUGCUGGGCUACCAGCCCCACCGGGGGAAGGUCAACUUCUUCCGCCAGGUGGUCAUCAGCCCUCAAGUGAGCCGUGAGGACAUGGACUUCCUGCUGGACGAGAUAGACCUACUAGGUAGAGACAUGUAGCUGUGGCUUUUGGUCCCCCAGUGUCCUGGGUCCUGUUGUGGGGAGGGUUACAGAUCCAGGGCAUCUGGGGACACAUAGGGAAUUGCAGCUCUUCUGGUGAGAAAUAGGAAACGCGUCCCAUCCAGGCCCCACAAAACCAAAACGCAAAGUGAAUAGUGUUGAGGCUUCUUUAGCUGCCUACACACUACUGUUUCUCUAAAAGAGGGAGUGAAAAAUGGGUUUUUAUCAAGGGUUGGCCCUGGGACAGGGAAUGGAGGAGAGUUUAAUUAAGUACCAUGUGGGGCCUCUGUGCUAAGCUUUCCUGGCUCUUUAAAGAACAUAUAAAUUAGUAGUUUAAAGCAGUGGUUCUCAAAGUGGUCCCUAGACUAGCAGCCUCACAGUCACCUGGGAAAUUUUUGAAAAUGCAGAUGCCUAGGCCUCCUGAAUCAGAAACUCUGGGGGUGGGACCCAGUCUUCUGGAUCUUCAGGAGACCUCCAGGUGAUUCUGAGGAAGGGUAAAACCUGAGAACCAGCGGUUUAGUAAAACGUUGUAACGACUGAAUAAUCACUCUGAUGUUAGCCUUCAAAAGAAUAUCUAAUAUAAUAAUAUUUCAGUGGUCCCUGAACCGGUCUUUGAAAAUAUAGCUGUAGCAUUGGUAGCACAAAUGUUUAGGGGCAUCAGAAGUGUAUCAAAGCUGUUUUUUAAAAGAGACGCUAUAUAAGAUGUUUAUAAAGAUGUAUCUUUUAUGCAAGAUAAAUGAUUAUCUCGAAAGUUAAAAUUAACCAUUAUCUACUCUAAAUUAUUUAGAGAUAAGAUAAAAGUCAGACAUUUUGUAGCAUGGUCCUUUCAAUCAAAGCAAUAGUCCUAAUUUACUUCUCAAUAUUAUCGUGUCAUUAGUUGGGCAUAGACAUUAGACAUAUACGUCUCUAACGAUGCACGUCUUUUAGCUUGAGAGGCCCAUUGCUUAGCUUGCUCUCUUCUUGUAGGAAAUAACCAGAAUGAAGUCCAAGGUGAUAAAACAUUCCCUUUCUCAAGAUUUGAAAUUUCAGUGUAGACUAUUAAGUAGUUUAUAUUGGGCAGAGAAUCUGGGAAUUAGAGGCCUAUUGGUGCAAACACCUCCUCCAUUUCCCCUUGGAGUAGAUGAUUGUAAUUCUGUCUCUGAUCCUGGUCGUGAUUUCUAAGGGAAUCUUAUUUGACUAAGAAAUAAACAGAAUUCAGAGUUGUGGGUUCAGAGUUCAACAAGGUAAACUUAUGAGCAUAAUUAGAACUCUGACUUGGAAGGCAAAUGAUUGAAGAGUGUUCAAGUAUUAGACUUAGCUCAUUCAAUAAUUU